AUGAAGGAUAAUGCGAACCAGGAGGCUCGCCCGGAGGGAGAAAGUAACAAUGCCCCGAGGGAAGCCAAUUUGAAGAAUUUCGAAAAGACCUUCAUCCACGACUGGCAGAAGGCACUGAGGCGCGUAGAAGAAGGGAGGAAGUGUUGCGAACACCUAAGUAGAAUUUUCCAGGAACUCAUUUGCAUUGAAAAGGAGUACGAACAGAACUUGAGAAACUUGUGUAACUCAUUUAAAGACUUUAGUGACGAAUCCUCUGGGAUUAAGAACGGAAUAGAGAGUCUAAAAAAAAACAUCGAAAGGAGAUGUGAACAGAUAGCAGAUUUUGUUAACUAUGUGGAAAGUGAAAUAAUAUAUAGUACCCUAAACACUACGCUGAUAAAUCAUAAAAAUGUGUAUGACCAGAUUAGGAUAGAUGGAAUGGAAAGUGAUAAAAUGGUGGAGAGGACUAAAAGGGAUACGGUAAAAUAUGUCCAGAAUUGUGUAAGCGCGUACGACAAUUUAGUGGAUUCUAUUCUUGUUUUUCACAACAGCACUUACUACCAUCCGUUGAAGCGGAUUGAACUUUCCAAUGUUUGUAUACAUAAAUAUUUACUAGCCAAAAAGAGGGAGUAUGAAUAUAAGAACAUCAUAAAUAAUGUGAACCAAGUGGAACUGAAAAAAGAGAAAAAAAUGAAAAGCAUUUUGUACUCUCUUGAAUCGAUGGACUACAAGAGAAUUUCCUGUAUAAAGGAUAACGUGAUGAAAUACCUAAUUUUUUUUACCUCCUAUAUUAGGAACGUGCAAUAUGAUCUAAAUGGCUGUAUUGAUGUGUUUAAAGAUGUGGAUGCGGGUAGGGAGAUCGAGGAGUAUUGCGAAUUGUAUUGUGAGAGGGGUGGUGCUGGUGGGAAGAGACAAAGUGAGAAUUCUUUCCUCUACAAUAAUAUUGUCUCCUGGCCAAUGUUAAUAGAUCACCGAAAUGAGUUUAACUCUGUUGGGGUGGGAUCUUCUUACGGUAGUCGUGGUGAUUACCCCGAAAACGACAACUAUGUGAGGAGUGGGAGGAGUAAGUAUGGCAACUUAUUAUCCUCCCUCUUCAACGUUAACGCGUAUAAGAAUUUGAUUCAAAGUGAGCACAACGAUCGUAGGAGGGGUAUGGAGAGAAGGGGGGUCAACAGUGUGUAUACAAACAUUUUUAACGAAAUUGUUUUUUUUAACAAGAAGGAGGUGAGCAGCGAGGGGGAGAACGAAGCGGGGGAGAACAAUGCAGGUGAGGAUGAGGCGGAGCGUAGUGAUCCGGGUGGGAAUGCUGACUUGGAUAACCUUGGCGAGGUGUCCAACCCGAGUGACGCGCUCAAGCGGAGUGAGGAAGCCCUUCCCCAGGGGGAAGAGAACGAAACAGGGGAAAUACCAGCAAAGUCAGGCAAAAAGGAACCUAAUGAGGGUGAGGUCAAUUCGACAGUGAAGCCCUUCCCACCAGAGGAGGUAUCCCCAACGGGGAAGGAGCUCAUAGAGGAUGGAAAUAGCGUGGACCCAAAUGAACGUGGGCAGGUUGUUAAUCUAGCAGAUGGCGCUGCCUCAGAGGAUUCUAUCAAAAGGGAGUUUGUUAAGGCGGAAAAUUGUAACGGGGGUGACAUAAAUUGCUCAGAAGAGCUAGAUAAUCAGAGAAGCAACCCCGACGUGGGGGGCGAUGGAAACAGUGUCAAACGUAACAGUGUGCACUGCGAGUCUGAUCUGAGUUACACGUACGUAAGGGACAUGUUAGAAAGGGAGGGGACGCAGAACGAGCAGGAGUCAGACAGUGGAGGAAGCGAAGUGGAUUGUACAAACCGAUUUAAAAAAAUAGAAAUUUUUUUUCAAUUUUAUUUGAAAAAUUUAUUUCAUGGGAAUUUUACGAAAAUAGAAGAAUUCAACAUUUCGUCCUAUUUCAACGUGUACAAUAAUCGAAUAAUUUUUUGUGAGUGUCUGAUGUAUUAUGUUAAGAAGGGGAAGACGUUUUUUAAAAAUAUGGAGAGCAUGAUUAUAUUUGCAAGAAUAAUUUUGUCCUUUUUGGACUACUGCGAUUUGUACUUUGAUUACUGGUCUUCCGUCUACAUUUUGGUCGCUUCGGAAAAUUUUUAUUUUGAAGUGGAGGAAAAUUACCACUUGGAUGUUAAGCGGUUGUUGGAGGAGUGCCAUUUUUUUGAGAAGUUUAAAAGGGGAAAGGCAGCCGGUAGUAGGGGGGGGUCCCCAAUGGGGGCAAUGCAAAUGAAGACUGGUAAUGUUCAUGAAAGGAGAAAAAACACCCAUGGGGUGGAUGAUUUUUUCAUUAUCGAUGAGGAUGAGAAUGGAAAGGGGGGUUCACCUAAGGCACGUAACGUGCGGGUGUUGUCGAAGAUGAGUAUGCCGAGUAGCAGAGUGAGGAGGAGUGUUGUGAAUAUAUACGAGAGUAGGGAGGAUGUGCAGAAGGAAAACCAGGUGGACGACCAUUCCAAUGGAGACGCCCCUGCGUUAGCUGGUGUAGAGGGUAGUGGACAGGAAGAAGUAAUAACAAGAACGAACGGGUCCAGUGCGUCGAGGGAGGAGCCCCCAAAUGAUGACUUGCCAGAAAAUUUGGAACGGAAGGACCAAGAGGAGAAGAAUUGCGAAGAAGUAGUGAACAAAGAAGAAAAGACGCCUGGCGAAAUCGGUAUUCCCAUGAGUAGUGGCAAAGGCGAAAGGGUAGAGAAUAGUAGGAACACUUCACGCAGGAAGAAGAUCCUGUUGCAGAAAUUUGUGUAUGCCCACAACCUGUGGAACAACAUAAAGUUCUGGGAAGUGAGUCUCUUAAUUAUCAUUUCGGAAAUAAUCCAAGAAAGUAUUUUACUGGAAAAAUUGAAAUACGAAAACAAAGAAUCGCUAAUUAAGAAGUAUUUUUUUUUUUUUAAAUAUUUUAAUUUCUACAAUAGUAUGAUUGACUUUGGAUUAUCAAUUAACCAAAUUGGUUUGCUCCUCAAUAAGGUGUUUCACAGUUUCGACUUAAAAAAUGACCCCAUUUCUCGGAAAUAUUUUUUCCAAAUUAUUGACAUUGCCACGAAUAAGAAGAUCACCCUGAAUUAUAUUAAGACGGAUGUCGGGAAUUUGAACACGGAGUAUAAGAAGUACUACUUGCAGUAUUACAACAAUUAUUUGAAUGAUGAUAGUAGGCCGGGGGGGAAGAAGCUUUGA